CAGAACUUCGAGAUGUCAAAUCCUGACUGACUCAAAUGGUCCUUUUGCAAAGUGUCAUUCUAUGGUCUCACCAAAUUUCUAUUUCAUGAGCUGCCUGUUUGAUAUGUGUGUGGGAGGAGAUGAGGAUGCUACCUUAUGUCACAGUCUGGAGGAAUACGUGCUGGAUUGUCAGCAGCAAGGAGUCAGUAUGGAAGGCUGGAGACAACAGACAGUUUGUGGUAUAUCGUGUCCUGCCAACAGCAACUACAGCUCAUGCAUGUCUGCAUGCCCAGCAUCCUGCAAUGACUUGACCAGCCCCUCUGAGUGCGAAUCACCUUGUGUUGAAGGCUGUGAAUGUCUCCCUGGCUAUGUUCUUAGUGGUUUUGACUGCGUGCCUUACAAACAAUGUGGCUGCACAUACCUUAACAAAUAUUAUGAGAUUGGAGAAAUAUUCACAACUGAUGACUGCUCUCAGAGAUGCCAAUGCACAGAAAGCUCCACUGUCUCCUGUUCUAACAUAGCGUGUGGAUAUGAUGAAAUCUGUGGCAUUUCAAACUACAGUCGUGGAUGCUACAGGAGUGGACCAUGUAUGCCAAAUCCUUGUAAGAAUGAUGGAGUUUGCUCUGAAACUACCACCACCUCUCUCCACUUCUACUGUGAAUGUUCAGAACUGUACACAGGACCAAGCUGCGAGGCUGAAAAGAUAGCUGAAGACCCUCCUACAGAGAACCCUGAGGACCAUACAGUUGCCAUCGUCGUUGGAGUUGUGGCAGGUGUAGUUGUUAUCGUCAUUCUCAUCUCCUCUGCAGUGUACCUGUACAGAAGAAAAAGAAAGAUGGAUGCAGCUGCAAAAUCAAGGGAUUCUUUUUUGAGACAGUCCAGGGUUGUAUUGGAUGACAGAAUACAUGAGCAAGAUUAUGGCUGCAUCGUGAACGCUGCAUUUGAUCAAAAUCAAUCCCAAAAUACAUACCUAUAG